CUGCUUCUGGUAGCCCAUUUAAUUCAAAAUCAUCUCCAACAGAGACUAACCUCCCUCCAGAGCACAGCCAGGUUAUUCCAGACUGCCCUGCAGCGCUGGCCCAAAGAUCCCCUCCGUCCCGGCUGCCAGCUUCAAGAUGCCCUUGCCAAGCGGCUCACCAAAGGUCCUCUUGCGCCAACCCUGAUCAAGGGAUUGAGCCAAGAGCAGGCAGACCUCAGGCAAACCAAUGCGCUCUUCUCCCUCACCGAGAAUCGUUACAAGAACAAGGAACGCUCUCAGUAUCGUGUUCCAGAAUCCUUCCUCAAACCCAAGUUCAACCCCAACUACUACAGCGACAUCCUGAAAGAGCUCAAUGAGGCACCCACACGUUCUUAUUUCCAGAGGGUCGCCAAGAGGGUCCAGGGUAUGUUCCGCCUGGAAUGA